UGCCUUUAGGUGAUGCUGCUGGGAGACUCGGCAGUGGGGAAGACCUGCGUCCUGGUGCGCUUUAAAGAUGGUGCCUUUCUGGGAGGCAACUUCAUUGCCACAGUGGGGAUUGACUUUAGGAAUAAGGUGGUGACUGUGGAUAACAUGAAAAUCAAACUCCAGAUGUGGGACACGGCCGGUCAGGAGAGGUUCCGCAGUGUUACUCACGCGUACUACAGAGACGCUCAGGGUCUCAGGUGUUCUUGGGCGUGCCACAAAGUGACAUGUGCAAUUGUGUUCGUACAGUCAGACAUGGCCGCUGAGAGGGUGAUCACACACGAAGAAGGGGAGAAGCUGGCUAAGGAAUAUGGAGUCCCUUUCAUGGAGACCAGUGCCAAGACCGGUGUCAAUGUGGAACUCGCUUUCCAAGCCAUAGCAAGAGAACUCAAGCACAGAAACAUCCAGCAGCCCCACGAUCCCAAGUUCAAGAUCCAUGAUUACAUUGAGUCACAGAAGCAGAAGUCCAACUGCUGCGGCGGCCUCAUGUGACCAUCUCCAGACGACAGCUAUUCCUACACAAAUACGCGUGUGAAUGGAACGUGCUUUUUGAUGUGUCUGAUUCCCCAGACCCCUGUUCGCUUUAUAGUCAGGAAUAUACAGCCAAAUACUGCUGAGGUGCAUCAGAGUAAUACGUUUCUGCUUCAUAAGCUGUAUUAAUCCAGGUGUGUACAGUACCCAGGUGUGUCUGAUUAUUCCAGGUUUGUGUAAUGUGGUUUCCGGGUUUCUUCUCUAAUGGUCACAGCCUCUAUCUACACACAGUAUAAAAUAUAUUAGUAUUGAAUUACAUUAUAUGCCACGCAAAUGUGCUCGGGCCGUGAGCUUGUGUCUGUAGUGUUUUUUUUUUUAAAGUUCUUUACUGUAUAUUUGAGUGUCUUGCAGAGUCAGAAUAUUAGCUUAUGUUAAGUAUUAUGUUUACAAUCAGUAUAUAUUGACUUGAAAACAAUCAUAACACAGCUUGACCGAGUCGGGCCUGAUUAUGAGGUAAUAUGGGUUUCUUCUUGCUUCGCGUACAAGCAUGUCACACUUUCAUACCUGUCACACUCACUGUAUGACUUAGAGAUUGAUGUGAAAUGUAAAUCUGGAUUGUAUCGUACAGUAUUUUGAUUUGUCUCAUACAAGUGCCAUGAGAAAGUCCAUUGUAACCACAUGUGAGGGUUUUUUCCACCGGUUCAUUUGUUUAAUAUUUAAAGCCACAGGGGGGCGGUAUUAUACACCGAGAAUUACUAAUAAAUAAUAACGAAGUUAACAAUUUAAUUGCCUUACCUUUGACAUUUCAAAUAUGUGUCCUGUACUUUUGAAUAAUAAAGUGAGUUGUGAACAUCAGGUUAGCUUAUUGGUCUCGGUUUGGGACACGAGAAGAUGAACAAACUUUAUUUGAAUGAGUAAAUGCUUGUGUUGUACUAUUCCGUGUAAGUUGUUUUGCAUAAAAUCAUCUGCCAAAUUAAUAAAUGUUAAUGCUAUUUGAUCUUGGCUAGACAUUCGUCUGGACAUCUAGUCUAGCCCCGGUUUCCUAUACAGCUGAUGUGUAGCCCACAUUUGCUCCUUCACAGGGCAAGAAAGCCAAAAAUCUGGCACAAGUAGGCCUAAGAACAUGAAUAAGAAAAAAAGAG